UGAAAAUGAAGUACCUUCAUGCCAAUACAAGCUAACAAAACACCUGGAGCAAUACCUUGCAAUUUGCAUUUUGCAUCAAACGGUUACGGACGUAUAAAUUUUGUCAUCAAUCUAGUUCUAGGCUGUGAAAAGUUUUGAAUUUCGUUUCUUGUGACAUUGAAAACAAUACAAAUAUUUAUAGUUAGUCACAAGUGCUUUGUGACUGAAGAUAAAUAUGGAUCAACCAUUGCAACCUGAGAACGAUGCAGAGGUAAACAAAGAUAACGCCGAAACGGGUGUUCCUUGGUAUGAAGAUAAAAAGAAUUUUUAUUGGAUGGGUGGUAUUUUUGAGUGUUUAACAUCAGUUGUAUCAUUAUUCAGUACUAACCAAUUGAAAGAAGAACCAGAAAACUGGGAAAUACCAAUGGAAAAAAUCACAGAUCUUUUCUUUUUGGGAUCUGGUGGUCAAGGAACUGUAUAUGGGGCCCAACUUAAUGGAAAAAGGGUUGCAGUAAAACAACUGCAUACUAAAACUGAAACAAAUAUGAAACAUUUACUGAAGCUACAACAUGAAAACAUAGUUAAAUUCAUAGGAGUUUGUACCAGUCCUCCCCAAUUCUGUGUCAUCAUGGAGUAUUGUCAGUAUGGGUCUCUCUACGACUUUAUACACAGCAACACUACAUUUGCCCCCAAGCAACUUUUGAAGUGGGCUAAAGAAAUUGCUGUUGGUAUGGUGUAUCUCCAUGGGCAUAAGAUAAUACAUCGCGACUUAAAAAGCCCCAAUAUCCUUAUUUCUGAUGACUUGGUUGUGAAAGUAAGUGAUUUUGGCACAAGCUGUGUAUGGAAUGAUAUAAGUGCUGUCAUGACAUUUACUGGGACAGUAGCUUGGAUGGCCCCUGAAAUUAUACGCCAUGAACCAUGCUCACUGAAAGUUGAUGUUUGGUCAUUUGGUGUUAUGUUGUGGGAGAUUCUAACUGCUGAGAAGCCAUAUAAGGGUCUUGAAACUCAAGCCAUCAUGUGGGGAGUGGGGACAAACUCAAUAUCACUUCCAAUCCCCAGUAACUGCCCGAACAGCUUGCAACAGCUGCUAAAACAGUGCUGGAAUCGAGUUCCACGAGAUAGGCCAACAUUCAAAAUAAUUGCGGGCCAUUUGGAGAUUGCUGGUGGUCAGCUGCGUUCAAUGAACACUCAAACAUUUACAAAAGUUCAAAAUGAAUGGCGUGCUGAUGUGCACAAAGCAAUGGAAAUUCAAUACUCUAAGAACUUGAACACAGUCAAUCCGGAGAGCGACGAUGUUUCGGAUCAGAGGCGAGAGGAUCUGAAGCAAGCCAGGGAUCUGCGCCACAUGUAUGAACAGCAAGUCACACGCGCCAAUGAGCUUUUCAUGGAAGUGUGCGCUGUGCGCCUGCAGCUUGAACAACGUGAGAAGACACUGGCAGAGAAAGAGAUCGUGUUGAACGAAUGCCGCUGUGGCGUACGCAACUCUAAGGUGUUCCAGAGGCAACAGUCGUCAUCUUCGGAGGGGAUGAAACUGCCCGUGAACCACGAUAGCCAGCGACGACGCAAGAAGAUCUCCUUGCCUGCCCAGAUGGUAGUCAGCUUUGAUGACAACAAGUCCCGAAGCCUGACCACGCUUGACGAUCACGCCAGCUGCCCUUGCAAUGCCAUGGCGAGGAGCCUUAUGCCCGCGCGCAAUACGGACGUGACCAUCAAGUUCGAAGACAACGGCAACCAGGCUAGCGUCUGCCGCGGCUCCGACAGCCUCAACGACAAUAACAUACCAGACGUCGCUCAAGUCUAACUUGCUAACGUGCUGUUGAUCUCAAUCUUUGUAUUCAGUUUAUUUGUGUUUUUAUACUUGUUUUCCUAUAUUUUGCGUAAAUUGAGAUCAAACUGGUAGAACACCAGUACAUAUAAAUAUCUUAUUGGACAAUUGCUCCAUUACUAUAUAUAUUUCUUAUAAGAAAAACAAUGUUAUAGAAACAAAUAAUAUUAGUGAUUGAGUGUUUCGUACUAGCAAAUAAUAAUCCUAUAUUUUGGUACAGAUAAGUAUCACUUAGUUCGUUGAUGUAGAAUGUGCCAUCAAAUUUCGGCACUUUUCGGCGCACUUAAACCCGAAUUUCCAAGUAGUUGGCAGAGACAACCCCUUAUCUCUAGUAAAUUAGGUCGCAGGUCAAUUUCAAUGGCUUUAAGGCUUUAUACUACUAAUACUUACACAUUAUUGAACUUAAUGUAACGGUCAGCGCAUGCCCUCAUCUGACUUCUCAUCUUAUAUUAGAUUUAUAUGUCACCCACGUUUCACCAAAUUAUAUAUUAUAGUAGUACCAGUGGGACGCUCCUUUGCACAGGAUACCGGCUAGAUUAUGGGUACCACAACGGCGCCUAUUUCUGCCGUGAAACAGUAAUGUGUAAACAUUGCUGUGUUUCGGUCUGAACGGCGCCGUAGCUAGUGAAGUUACUGGGCGAAUGAGGCUUGACAUCUUAUGUCUCAAGGUGACGAGCGCAAUCGUAGUACCGCUCAGAACUCAGUUUUUGGGUUUUUCAAGAAUCCUGUGCGACACUGCAUUGUAAUGGGCAGGGCGUAUCAAUUACCAUUAGUUGAACGUCCUGUCCGUCUCGUCCCUUAUUGUUAUAAAAAAAAUAAGAAAAAUAUAAAAAAAAUAUAUUAAUUAAUUUAAAUAAAUAAUAUUUAAUAAUUUCCUUCUAAUUUAACUAAUAUUAUUAAAUAGAUUAGAUCUGUCUUCGAUGUGAGGCCAAUCUGUGGCGAAUAAAUUUUCUCCUUUAAAUAUUUGCCAAACGACAAAAUACUGUUUAAUAAUGUUUUUAAUAUAGCCUAGGUAUUAUCAAAAGAAAAACUCAAUACAACUACUCGAUAGAAUAAAUGUUGAUGGAAUAAUAAAAAUUACUUUGAUAUGGAUUUAGACCCAUGAGUAAGUCAAUAUUAGAUUAGGACAUUUAGGAAUAAUUAUUAAACCCUAAUUGAGCGCGGAUUUGAACCCUGUGUAUCAAAAAUACCAGAAGGUCACCCGUCGACCGACCAUGGCGAAAGCCGUACUGUCGAUUUUUUUUUAUUAUUUUAUAUGCCAGUUAAAUCACGGGAACAAAAAUGUGGCUUCUAAUCCGAAUUUCCCAUUGUUGUAAUAGCAACAAUUGAAACAAUUAUUUUCUAUCUAUUUUUAUUAGAAUAAUAACUCUUUAUAAGACUACGGUAUGUAUGGCUUAGGGCACUCAUAUUGUCUUUUGUUUACUAUAAUUAAGCCACUAUAAAAUAUUUAUUUAAUAGCUGAAAGCUAUUUAAAACUGUUAUAAUACAAAGUGUACUAGUCUUUUUUAUAUUUUUUACGAUUUUACUUUUUCUAAUAAUUUAUUAUAGCUACUAAGUUAAGGGUUCGACUACACCAGAUAGUCUAAAGUAUUUAUUAUUAUAUAGGGUAGGCUCACCUAUCACGCAAUUUGCAUACAAUCAGACGUCGAGUUGCGAAAAUUUAAAUUUUACCAAUCUACUUGUUAAAUCAAUAACAAUCAUUAUCCCAUGCUUCAAAGAGAAACUACAAGUCAAAACAAAUUAGAGUAAACCUUUUUCCUUUUAAAAUUACAAUCAAUAAGUACUGAAAAUGCACAAUAGUAACUUACAUUUACAGACCUGUGUCGUUUAUUAUUGAAACCAAAAAAAUAAUAGUAUCUAUGAUGAAACCCAUUGGAAAAGGAAGAGAAUAUAACAAAAAUGAAAGGAAAAAUAAAUUAAGACACUGGUCUAUUAACAACUACAAUGGCUAUGAAAACGUUGAAACUUGACUUAAAAUGUUUGCAGAAUACGGAUCUAUCGACGAUUUACGACCAAUUCUGAUCGUAGAAUUACAAGUCGCUACCUUGUAAGUUAACUUUAUUAACAUUGCCGCUGAACCGUCAAUUUAGGUAGGAUUUACGGUCGUUCUUCUAGGAGAGUGUGUUUAACAAUAGGUAGAUAACCUACUAGUCUUAUUCUAGUCGUAGUCUAUUCGUAUUCUUCGCGGUUAGUACGAAGAGUUUCCAAACGCAUUAAUUUAAUUAACGCAAAUUAUUAGUAGUUUGUAGUAUUUUAGCAAUAUUAUUAAUAUAAAUAUAUAUUGGAAUACAUUUAAUCUCAUGUUUUUAAUACAGUUAUAUUUGUAUCACUUAAUAAGUAUAUUUGCUGUUUACUGAAAACAGAUCUGUUUGUGUUAGGUUAUUGAAACCUUAGUGUAACUUACGGAUACAUUACUGUCACCGUUUAAUGACAACAUCUUAUCUAUCCAUAGUUAUAGUCCAAUGCUAUCUGUCAAUAGGUUAUUGAAAUGUAAGUAAGCGUAAAAGGACAGAUUGUCUACGUCUAGUAAGUUAAACUAAGGAUAGAUAGAUUAUUGAAAACGGCCGUAAGCGGAUAUGCAUUUAUUGCAUUAUGGUUGGUAUAGCGAGAGUUAUGAAAAACUCACUGUCAGAGAAUUGUGGUGGCAAGUGAUUCAAAUGUAACUAUCUAUCGUAGAUGUCGUUUAUGUAAUUGUCUAGGUUGAGUAAACAAUUAAUCUGUUUUUGUGGUGUUAAAUUAAUAAAUAUACUAAAAACUU